AAUUCGUUCGCUUCGUUGUGACGUCAACGACGAAUCGCUUAGGCUGUAGGCAUAUGUGGGCACCGCACCUAUGCAUACAGUCACCUACUUCUACAUUCACAUACGUAACCGUCACGAAUAAAAGAUGGCCGCCAACGUGAGAACAGAUAUGAGGAUACCGACCAGAGCAGCUCCCAGGCCACCAGCUAAUAAUUUUGCUUCAACCUGGGGCAGCAACAGCCAAUUUAGUAACGGUUUGUCGACAACUCAUCCACCACAAAAAAAGAAACCACCACCUCGUCCGCCACCUCCAAAAUUUACACAUCGCACACAAUAUCAUCAUGAGAAAGGCGAUAAACCAAAGAAACCGGCAAGACCCGCGGAGCUGAUUACAAAUAUAUUUAGUCGCAAAACUUCCAAGCAGCCACUGCCCGUGUCUUAUUCUAACCAUGGGGCAAGUUCAUAUUCUAACUCAUCAACGCCAAGUGGGACAGUUUCACUGAUAGAUUUAAGUCCGCCAGGUUCUCCCACACUGACGACGCGUUCAAAUAGCGACGGAGUUAGCGUCGAUAGUUUUGGAAGUGACGGAAACUCAAAUCCAUCCGUUUUCACCAACAGCGGUAAUACCUCACAAACUGAAAGCGGUUUUGAAGACGACUUUGACUUUUUCGGUGGUUUAUCUAGUCAAAAAAUUCCCCGAAACGAUCCGUGGAAGGUAUCUUCAAGCCAAGAUCCCUUCUCUCCGUUGGUGCAGAACAUGGCUCCAGCUAAUAGCUGCAAGUCAAAGACAGUCGGAAACUCGGACUUUUUCGCAUUCAAUAACUACACUUCCACCGAAUCCCAAGCGUCUUUUAGUUCAGUUAAUUCAAACUGUAGUGCCUUGAUGCCAACGAUUAUCAGAGCCAAACCGGCUAAACCUCCAGCGCCGAAAUUUGCACCAACAAAUUUAGCCCCUACUGUCACCCAGUUCGCGGCUAAACCUGUGCCAAUGAAACGCAACGCAGUACCUUACAAUGAGCCCGUUACGCUGGAUGUUAAUGGCGCUUGGAAUGACGCAUUAGAAGAUGAACCUUCGCCACCAAUGCCGUCUAUACCUCCGCCUGCACCACCAGUAGAAUAUCUGACCGAAUCGAAUGAUGUAUUUCAGAAACAAUGUCAUAAAGCGUACGGAAUAGCGCUUUAUGAUUUUCAAGCUUCUCAGCCUAGCGAUCUACCCUUAAAAGAAGGAGACGUUGUCGAAUUGGUCAAAGCGAUAAACAAUGAAUGGGUUGAGGGAAGGGUCGGAAAUCGUCAAGGAAUGUUUCCACUAAAUUUCAUCGAUGUUAAAGUACCGCUACCUGGUCUAUCGACAAACACAGUCAAUGCUUUGUAUACUUUUACCGGGGAGACUCAAGAUGAUUUAACAUUUCAGGAGGGUGCUAAAAUUACGGUCCUUUCAAAGUUAUCAGAUGACUGGUUAUAUGGUGAAUGUAAUGGAAGAAGGGGACAAUUUCCUGCGAAUUAUGUGGACAGAGUUCCCUCACUGCUUCCGUGAUAUUCAUUCAUCGCCAAUUUAACGUUAACAUGUUUACUAUCUUAAAUAUCGUUUACGGACACAUGAUAUGGAUAUUUUUUGUUUUCUCGUAUUUUUCAGUAUAUUAGUUAAUUAUUCACGAGGGUAUAAAAUCAAACCAGACAUUCCUAUCUUUAUUGAAAUAAUAAUCAUAAUUAUAGUAGUAACGAUAACGAUUGAACAGUGCACUUAAAUUAUAUUUCACUGUCUAAAGUCAUCUAACAUAUCCACGCACAUAGCAUAAUAGCAGAAAUUCAUAUAAUUUACCUUAUCUACAGGUCAAAAUUCUAGUCUCUUCCAGAAUUUAUCUUGAUUCUGUUUUCGUUACUCUUGUUUGAACACAAUAUUUUUUUUAAAUGGAUUCCUUUAAGUUGGUAACGAAGUCAGAUGUAUUAUCAUCAAUCUCUUUGACAUUAACAAACUAAGUAUAUUAUGCUACAGAAUAUCUGUAUAAUAGGAAAGCAUAAUAGUGAUGAUUACAAGAGAAGACAAGUAGAACAAAGGAAAAAAUUCUUGAUACAAUCUUGGUGCACACUUUCAAAUUGUAAAAAAUCAUUGUAAGCCAUCGUCAUAGUGACGUUUUCUUUUUUUUUUUUUAAUCUUUUUUUUUAUGAAGGUUCCGGGAAGAAACUUAUUUUUUUUUUUUUUUUGUAAUUACAAAUUAAAUUUUAACUGAGCUUUAAAUAGUAUUAAUACAUAACGAACGAAUUGAUUAAAUCUAGAGUUACUACUUAUACAUAUGUAUAAUAUCAUUUACUAAUGAGCGAUCGCUUAUUACCUUGUAAGUAUAUUGAUCUAAUAACGAAUAAUGAAAAUACCCGCUAUGUUUUUAUAAAAACUACGAGCAGGAAAAAAGUAAUAUUCAACAGGGUAACCAACAUCGUUGCAUUGCUUAAUUGUAUAAUACCAAAUUAUUAAAUUUAUGUAUUAUUGUUUGCCUUUUGUUUUUGUUUUAUAGUAUUAGCAUGAUCUUCAGUAUGGUUGGCGUAUCAAACGCAUUUUGUUAUAAUUGUACUCCAAAGUGAUUAAACUAGAAACUCUG